AUGUUGAAAAACUUAGACAUGUUGUCUGUGCUACUGUUGGUGUCUUUAUGUGGUGUGGUCUUAGGACAAUAUAGAGUAGACCCCCUAGUUUCAACGAACAGGGGUCUAAUUCGGGGUCUACUUUCCAACGAAGGGUACGCCAAGUUCUUGGGUAUACCUUAUGCUGUGGUUGACAAGAACAAUCCUUUUGGGCCGUCAGUUCCACAUCCAGGCUUUGAUGAAAUCUUCGAAGCAUACGAGUCUAACGCAUGUCCUCAAAUAACCUUUGAGUCACCGAUUGGGACCAUCGAUUGCCUAACCUUAAACGUCUACGUACCAAGUACUGCCACCUCCCAACACCAGUUACCAGUAAUGGUAUGGAUACAUGGAGGUUACUUCAUCCUCGGCAGUGGAGACUCCGUUGGCAGUCCUGAAUUUCUAUUGAAAAACGAAGUCAUCGUAGUAACAAUCAACUUCAGACUUGGUGUUUUCGGCUUCAUGUGCCUAGACCACCCAGAAGUUUCUGGAAAUCAAGGACUUAAAGACCAAGUCUUAGCUCUGAGGUGGAUAAACGAAAAUAUCGAGGCUUUUGGAGGAGACCCCACACAAAUCACUGUGUUUGGUGAAAGUUCAGGUGGAAUGUCGAUAAAUCUUCAUCUUCUGUCUUUAUACGAACCGCUAUUCCAGAAAGCAAUUAUACAAAGUGGUCCUGCAGUAAGCCCGUGGGUUUUGGGAGAACCUGACAAUACAGUGCCUAUAAGACUAGCGAGAGGCUUAGGUUUCUUUACCGAAGAUAUAUCUGAAGCUCUUACUUUCCUUUCAUCUAUUAAUCCACAUAAAUUAGUGGAAUUAGCCCACGGGUUAAAGUUGACAAACUUUAUGACCCUAGAGAGCACGCCUGUAACGUUGCCUUGUGUUGAAAAGAAUAUCGAAGGUGUCGAACAUUUUAUAACAGAAUAUCCCAUGAACAUUAAAUCGACUAAACUAAGAACUGUACAAGUAAUCUUGGGUAACUCUGCCAAUGAAAUGCAUAUGGGAUACGCCAUUAAUGAGGUUGAGGGAUUUUUGGAGUAUAGUCUUAAUGUAAUUCGGACAGUGUUUGACUUAGGUGACGCUGUAGAAGAAGCCUUAGAUGACAUCAAACACUUUUAUAUUGGAGAUGAGAAAGCAGGUGAAAGUACUAAGGUUGAAAUUACAAACUUAGCAUCAGAUAUUUACUUUAAUCACCCUACCGAGAAAAUGGCAGACAGGCUUCUGGAAAUUGGUGCUAGAACUAUAUACAGAUACAUUUUCACCUACAGUGGUGAUAGGAACGUGAUAAAGUUAAGAUUGAACGUGAAUGCAACAGGAGCUGUUCGAGCUGAUGAACUUGGGUAUUUGUUUGAUAGCGAUGAACUCACUGGUGAUAUUACUCCUGAGGAUCAAAUCAUGAUUGACAGAAUAACAAUGUUGUGGACUAAUUUCGCUAAAUAUGGAAACCCAACACCUGCGACUUCAGAGCUGCUUCCAGUUAAAUGGGAACCUAUAACGAUGACUACGCAGCCUUAUCUCAAUCUAGAUUCAGACCUUACUCUUGAAGCCAGACCUUUCCACGCAAGAAUGGCUUUCUGGGACAUUUUCCGCAAACUGCAUAGAAACGAACACAGAUGGAACCAAAUUUCUGGAAUGUAAUAUCUAUAAGGCAUUGUUUUUACUAAAAGCAAGCAUAAUCAUGGGUUAUUGUUAAUUGUUUGUUAUUAUGAAAUUGUUCAAAUAAAUAUUUUUAACCACAAAA